AAAUUUUGAAUUCUAAUACCGCGAUAUCUUUAAAUGCCACAGACAUUAUUUACAAUUAGAUAAUCCGUAAAAACACAUUGAAUCAUUGUUAAUAUUAUCAAUUCAAGUAAAUGUACAGGUAUCAUUUGUUUGAAGAUGUAGCUUUUUGGCGCCAUAGUUCUCCAGUCAAAAUAAAAUAAAAGCUUUCAUGAUAUAUUUCAUUCCAUAUUAUCAUGAAGAAACUUAUAAUGUAUUGUUAGUUAUUAAAGGUUUUUAAUAUCACUAGAUCAUCUCUAAUUUCAUAAAUAUCACUGAAAAGUUUCUUAUAUCAAGUCUUCUUGUAAACAAAGCGGAGCCGUUGACAAAUGGUAACCGCUGGACAAAGAAGUUUAUUUUUAAACUGCUGGAGAUGGAUAUAUUUACACGAUAAUUGUAUUUUUAAUAACUUUUUAAUGUUUGUUGUAAUAAUUUAAGAUUCAAAUUGUUAAACCUGAUGUAAAAUUUCCUGAUGAUUUAUAAUAAUUCCUAUCUUCGUUUUCUAAAUAUUCAAAUUAUCACUUAAUAAAAGUGAUUUAAAAAUUUUUCCUUUAUAUCACUUGAUGAUCAAAGAUAAUGGAACGAUUCAAUUUUAAAAAUGGUGAUUCUCCACAAAAUCAUGUUAAACAUCAUAACUUUAAUUUUCAUAAUGUACACCAGCAAGAUAUUUCGGAGGGUGAAUUCGAAGUAUAUGCGAACAAAAGUGAAAAAGAAGCUUCAUAUCCUCGCAGAAAAAGUAAAGUGAAAUAUCAUAUUGAUCCUCCUGGUGAAGAUUAUUCUUCUGGAUAUGAAUUAGAGAUGGAAGAUACUAUUGUGAAUUUAAAUGAUGAAAUUCAGAGGCUGCAAGAAGAAGUUGAAUCUCGAAAAAGUUCUAUGAACUCUCUUCGAAAUGAACUAGAUUCAAAGAAUGCAUCCAUACGUACACUACAAGAUGAAUUAGAAUCCAAAACUUCAUCUAUACUUUUAUUACAAAAUGAAAUAGAAUCUCAAAAUUCAUCUUUAUGUCUAUUACAAGAUGAAAUAGGUUCAAAAAAUGCUUCCAUCUCUAUGCUGCAAGAUGAACUUGUUAAAAGUAGGUCAUCUUUACAUGACCUACAAGAUAAACUUGAAGAUACUAAUGCAAAUGUUUCUGAUUUGAGAGAAGAAUUGGUGAAGAAAAAUAUUCAACUGAAUGAGUUAGAUGAAUUGAAAAAUAAUCUAAAUGAGUCAAUUAAGAGAAUAAUGUUUUUGGAAGAAAGUCUAAAAGAAAAGUCAGAUGCUCUUGAUUUAAACAAUAGGCUACUUGAAACUUUAAAAAUGGAAUUUGAUCAUGAGUGUGAAUCUGCUUUUAUGAGGGAAAAGAAAAUGACAGAAAAAGAACAGGAAUUAAGAUCUAGUCAUGAGAACGAUAUUAAAAAACUGAAGGAACAUUAUUCUUUAAAAUUAAAGGAAAUACUAACCAGUUAUUCUUUAAAAGAACAUUUUCUAGAAAACCAUAUAGAUACACUUUAUAGUAGGAUCACUGAAUUAGAUGAAAGAGGUGAAUCGCAUCACCAAGAAUAUGAAACAUUUAGAAAAAUAUACGAAAAAGAAUAUAAUGAAAUGAAAUCUAAAGUGAAGGAAAUAGUUAAGAAUUGUGGAUCGCACAUUGUGGAAAUGGAUAAUAGGCUAGCGGCUAGCCUUAGUAAGGAAGUUGCUUUGAAGAUUGAGUUGAAUUCAAAAGCUGAUUAUGAAAAAAAAAUUAUUCAAGAACUCAACGAUUAUAAGAAGAAAUUUGAAGAAUUAUAUGUUGAUCAUAAAAAUAUAUAUAAGAAACUUCAGCAAACUGAAAUACAAUUUAAUUUAUUAAGAGAUAAAAAAGAAGAAUUACAAAAUGAAUUUAUAUCUACCAAAAAUCUCUAUGAUAAAAUGAAAAUUGAUUUUAAUAGAGAAAGAUUACAAACAACAAUAGAACGAGAAAGUAUUGUUCAUACUUUUGAAACUGAUUUGUUCAAUUUGAUAAAAGCUUUGGAAGAUUUAUAUCAUUGUAUCAAAAUGCUUUAUCUUAAUACUGAUGAAGAUAUGAGUAACACAGAAUCUGAUGAAUCAGUAAUUAAACUACCUGUUAUUUCUAAAGAAAAAUUUUCUAAUCCUCAUUUUUGUGCUGCGAUGAAAUUAGUCUGUGAUUCCAUAUCAGAAUCAGUAAAAAUUCGCAAAGAACUUAGAGAUCUUGUUCAAAAUAAUCAGAACUUACGUAUUGCUUUCGAAGCCCGUAAAAAAGCAUAUGAAGACUGUGUUCAGCAAUUGACAUCACUAAAAAAUGAGAUAAUGUCUUUAGAUAAAGAAAAGGAUUGUGCUGUGAAUAAUUUGAGAUAUGUUGAAGAACAAAAUACCAUGUUGAAAUAUGAAAUUAUGAAAAAACAAUCUGAAUUAGACCAAUUAAAUGAUGAAUUGUUGAGAUACAAAGAAGAACUGGAUAAAAUGAGUCAACAACAAAAACAAAUGCAAAGUGAAACGUGCACUCAGCUUGCCAAUGUGGAUCUGUCGCCAAUUAUAUCUGACUAUAAAGCUGUCAGUGAUAGUAAAAUAUCCAAAGAUGGAAAUAUACAUGACAUUCGUUCCAAAAGUUUCUCCAGUAAUGCUCCAGUACAAUUGACGACAUCAACACCUUGUCCAAGGAGUGUUUGCGAUCCAGAUGGCGGAGGUGAAGUCAUCAAACCUAAGUCUACCAAAUCAAAAACUGAAAUCCAUUUGUCUCUUGUAAAAUGGAUGGAAAAGUGCCAUGAGCUUGAUCAUGAAAAUAAACAGUUAACAGCGGAAGUUGAAAGCCUUACCCUUCAAGUUCAGGAUCUAAAAUUCAACUCUAAAUUUUUGAAAGAGGAAAUGAAUGCUUACGAAGAGAUGAGAAUUAAAUUGGAAGAAAAAUUGAGCAACCACGUGUCUCUGAAACAACAGUAUGAUAAAUUGUGGGAUGAAAAUGAGAAGUUAGGUAAUGAAACGAAAACUUUGAAUAAAGAAUUAAAUUAUCUAAAAAAUGAAAAUAAGGAACUAUCCAAAAAAAAUAAUCAGUUAGAAGAAAAGUAUGGAAAAUGUUUGAUAGAAUUUACUGAGAAUAAAAACCUCGACCGGAAUGAUGUAAGCAGUGAAACUAUCAUUAAUAAUGUAAAUGAAAAAUUACAAGAAAUAAUAACUUUAAAAGGAGAAGUAAGAUCACUGUCUGAAGAAAAGAAAUUUCUAAUGCGCAAGCUGGAUUUAUUACAUGAAACAAAUAAUGUAUAUUCUGGUAAGCUAGAGGAUACUUAUAGCGAGUUACUUUUAUGCAAAAGCGAACUUGAAAGAAUAAGAAAUGAAAAACUGAAUAUUUGCUCUGACAAUAAAUUACUGAACAAAGAAGUACAAUUGCUUCAAUUGAGACUUGACUUCAUGGCCUCUAUGAGAGAGAAGAGCCAUUUGAAUUCUUCCAAUCAAAAUGAAGAUUUAGUUCAAGAAUUGAUAGCUUUUGUUCGGAGUAUCAUGGAGAGUAAAUUAGAAUCGUGCAGUUGCUUCGACAUGGAUGAUACUGACAAAGAGUGGUCCAGGUCGGAUAAAACAAACUUUCAUGAAAUUUUAAAAAGUUUAAAUCACCAGCUAUUGGAAGAAAAACUUGAUUUUGAAGGGAAAUUGAAAGAAUUGCAACAUAUUAUUAAUGUAUCAAAAAGUGAAGGGGCAAUUGAUGACAACUGGGUAAUUCAAUUGGAUAAGAAACUUAGAAUCAUUUUUGAAGAGUUAAAGUUCCAUAAAGAACAGUAUAAUAGGAUUGAAGAAGCGCUAAGAUCUACCGGAAAACUUCUCGAUGAUCUCCAAAAACAUAAAGAUCAAUUGCGUGUAAAAGAUCAUGAAAUUUCAAACUUCCAAAAAAAAAUUAAUGAAGAGAAAAUGCAAUCAAAGAAGUUUUCAUGUCAUUUGAAAUAUCUGCAACAGGAAAUAGAAGAAAAAGAUGAGAUCAUAAAAACUUCUAUGGAUCAAAAAAAUUCAUUAGAGAAAGAGCUAAAAGAGUUACAAAAUAAAUUAAAUGAAGCUGAAAGAAAAUAUGUUAUGGAGAUUAAAGCUGCAGAAUGGAAACUUCAGCAGGCUAAAUUAUUUAAUCUUGACAAUGAGGUUGAGAGAAAGUUGGUAUCUUCCUCUCAAAAAAAUGAAAAAUGGUCUCCAAGUGAAACAGGGUCUGAAAAUUGGGAAAGGAUUCGUGAAGAGGUAGAAAAAGUCUACCAAAAUGCUUUACAACAGGUGCAAUACUUCUUUAACGCCGAACUGUCGUCAAGUGUUGCACUGGUCCAAGAAGAGCAUAAAGAACAGGUGGCAAAACUCCAACGUAUUAUAAAUGAACAGGCUAUUAAAGUUGGUAUGUUAAUGAAGAAGAAUACACUCGAAGAUGGAUCAAAUAAUGAUGUGGUUUGCAUUAAUGAUGAAUACAGAAAACAGUUUGACUUAGCUACCUAUGCGUUGCAACAGUUACAUCAAGAAGAAAUUCAGCUUUUGAAGUUACAGCUUGAUGCAGAGAAACAUAGUGAAAUUUAUAAAGCUGUUUAUGAAAAUCAACAUAACCUUAACAAAGAUGUCAUACUUAUGAAAUCUACUAUAAAUGCUGUUUCUGAGAAAACGUUAGCCAAAAAAUUAGAAAAUGCUUUACUAGAAGAUUUUACUGUUAAACUGCAGAAAUUCAUUAGUGACUGGCAUAAUACAUAUAAAAUAGAAGUAUUAAAUUUAAGAAAUAAGCUUGAAUCUGGUAUUGAUAAUUAUUUAAGCGAAGAAUCCAGCGCUGAUAACUUGAAGAAGAUAGAUAAUGAGAACCAAGAAAUCCUUAAUCAAUAUCAUCAAAUAAUUAAUUCAGCAAAAGAUUUCUUGAAUUCUCUAGAAAUGGAGCACAGUAAUAUUAUAAGAAAUUUAGGCGACUUUAUGGCAUUAUACAAAAAGGAGACCAUUCAAAUUUUUGAGCAUAUGAAGACUAAUCAUCAAAAAAAUAAUGAUUUGUUGCUGCUUCAAGAAGAAUUAAUCAGAACUAAAAAAGAAAAGGAAGAGUUAGAAAAAUUGCACAAAAACGCAAUCGAGCUGUUAAAUGCUGAUCACAGAAGCGAACAAGAUAAAAUCCAAAUUCUUUUGACUGAAAUAAAACAAUGCUUUGAGAGCGGUUGUGAUCCCAAUGCUCUAAUAAAACUUAAAAACGACUUAGAAGAAAGGCAUAAGAAAGAGUUGGAAGACUUGCGUACCUAUUUUGAAGAAAAGUGCGCAAGUUUAGGAAAACAAUAUUCAGAGGAUGUGAACAGCCUUCAUAGCAGAAUGUUAUCUCUGAGCAGCUCUUGUUCCGAUGAUAUGUUGGAUCCAAUAGGUUUUGACAGAGGUGGUGCCGGGGAUUCAAACAUGUUUUCAGACAUGGAAUUGGAAAAUGUGACCCUUGACAAAUUGACAACCGAAGAGUACAAAUUGAUUGAAGAAUUAAAUUAUAAAUGGUCUGAAAAUGUUAAAGAAAUGAAAAAGGAUUUGGAAAAGAAAUACUCUAAAAAAAUUGAAGAGUUACAAGAGAAGUUAUCAUCUUUUGUCUACAAUAACGAACUAGAUAUAACAGUCCGAUGUAUUAAGGAAGACGUAAUGCGGGAUUGUAAUAUUGAAUUAGAAGAUAUAAAAAGAGAAAUAUCAUCACGGAUGUUGGCCUCCGCUGAUUAUUCUGAAGACUUUGAAGAAAAGUGUGAUCAUAAAGAAGAAUUGAAAAGAGCUUUGUUUGAAAGAGAUGAAGCUUGGGAACAAAUUGUUGACGUGAUGGGAAAUUCUUUAUCACAGGAUACCAUAAAUAAAAUAACCAUUGAAAUUAUGUAUGAUGCUUUGAAAAAAUCGGAUGUGCAGGGAAAAAUUGCUUUGCAAAUGAAGGAGCUUUUGAAUUUUAUGGAGAAAAGACUUAAUUUGAUAAUGUUCAAACUGAAAGAUAAGGAAGCAAACUUGUUCAAGUUACAGAACAAGAUGAAUUCUUAUUCUUUAUCAUUUUCUGAACAAUUAAAUAAGUUUAAUGAUCAGGAUAAACUUUACAUCAAACUAGAAGCAUUCGAAGAUUAUAAUUUAUUGGAAAAACUUGUUAAUGGUGAAUCAGAAGGAUUGAAUAUAGCUCCUGAAAUAAUAAAAAUGAAGACCUUAUUCCAAGAGCUUUAUGAAAAAAAACUUGAAAAAGAGAAGGAAAAACAACAUAUAGAAUUGGAAGCAAUGAGAACAUUUUAUGCACACCUGGAAGAGCAAAAACAUUUCAAACACACUCAAUUGGUGGAAAAGUUAAUGAGAGGCGAAUUUAAUGAACACGACUGGCCGAUAGAAAUAGUUCAGAUAAAAAAUAUUCUUCAACAAGUGUUUGAAAAAAAGUUGGUUGAAGAAAAGGAAAAGAACAUCAAAGAUUUUGAAAAAAAGUUGGUUGAAGAAAAGGAAAAGAACAACAAAGAUUUAGAAUAUGUAAAAAAUCAAUAUAAAGAAAAAGAAUCUUUGAAAAAUAUUGAUGUACCUGAAAAAGAUGACAUAGAUAUUAUUAUCAAAGAGCGGGAUGAUCUUAAGGAAAUGACUGCUACACUUAAAUCAGCUGUGAAUCAACUUGUCUUGUAUUUGAAUACUUGUGAGGAUGAAUUGAAUAAAACAGUUGUCGAGGAGCUUCUAAAACUGUACAUGGAUACACCCAAGAAAUCCAACAGCCAAUACGAAACUCUUGAAAAUACUCCUGAUUUAAAAAAAGUGCACUUUGCACCAGACUUGAGCGUAUUGGAUUUAGAUUCAAGUCAAGAUGUUUCUAUGUUCAUUCGGCUUCACACUGAUUCUUGUUUGUCCAAAUUGAAAGCUGAAGCUGCGUCAAUUCUAGGCCUCACUGCUCUUCAACCUCCUCCAGCCAAUCUGAACAAGCAGAUAGAAAAUUUGAGGAAAGAGAAUGAGGAAUUAUUGCAUGAGGUUUCUGAGCUCAAACAGCGUUUAUAUGGACAACAGAAUGAUUCUUUAGAAUUGAGGGAUCAAUUUUCUGAUGAACUAAAGAAAGAAAAUAGCUUCACAUAUCUUCAGGAUAGAGCCCAACAACUUUUGAAUGGAAUUCAAAAUAUUCCUCAAGAGGCAGUCAAAGUUUUGGAAUAUUUGGCCAAGUUGGGAGAUAAUCUUAUUCAGGAUUUGCAAAAAGAAAAAGUUGAUUUACAACAGCAGAUUGAAGCAGCAGACAAACAGCUGAAAUCAACAAGACAAUUCUUGGAAGAACAAGCUGCUGAAAGAGAAACUGAACGUGACGACUAUUCCAAAGAAAUAAUUAGUUUACAAGCACAGUUGAAAGAGAAAGGAAAAAAUUUAAGUUUUCAAGAACGAUUCACAACAGAGGUGUUGGAGCCAGUACCGCAGAAAGUUGGAAAAAUCUCGCUAUCCGUUGAAGAGCUUGAACAGCAACUGAAGGAAAGUAAUAUUCGUUUGGAAGAAUCUGAAAAUAAGAAAGCAGCAGUAGACUCAGAGCUUAAAGAAGCCAUUGAUAAGAUUUGGGUUCUACGUGAUAUUAUAUCAGAACUAGAAUCUCAGUUGUCUACAAAAAGUGAAAAAGAAGCCCUCCUGGAACAAAAGCUCGAUGAAUUAGAGUCAGAAUUAGAUCAGCAGAAUGGAACGCAGUUUGCGAUGGCUCAGGAGCUCGAGUCAUUGCGUAGUCAAAGUCUCGAAGAUGGCUAUCUUGAACAGAUAAAACUGUUAGAAGAAAAUAUUAAGGUUCAAUUCAAUUCAACGGUAGUACGACAGCUAAAAUCUCAGCUUCGAGAUUUAGAGACGAGUUUGGAUCAUAGAACCAAAGAACUAGAAACUAUUUACCUUAAUAAUUCAAACAAUAGCCUAAGUUCUCCUUCAGAAGAAGUAUCAGUGAGAGAACAACUAGAGUGGAGUAGGAGUCGCACACCAGAACAGUGCCCGUCACCUGUGGCCCUCCCUGUUGAAGAAGUAUCUAAACUGCAAGAUAAGUUUUUAAGGCAUGUAAGGGCAGAAGAAAUGCUUAUAAAGCGACUGAGGGAUCAACAAUUGAUUGCCGUCAAACUUCAAGUUGAAUUGGAGGAAAUGCAUGCUGAACGAGACGUUCUUCAGAAGCAAAUGAAAAAACAGAUGACUCUUUUAGCAGAAGCUAACAAUAAAAUAGAUGAUUUUAGACAUAAGGUCGAAACCGCUCAAACUUCUGCUAAUAAGGAUCUUAUCUCACAGAUUCAAGAGCUGAAAGAAAAAUAUAGCAAAGCUGAACAAGCAUUGGACAGCACACACAAUCAGUUAAUGGAACACAAAAUUCAAUUAUCACACGCAGAAGAGAUUAUAAGUAAACAAAAGAUCGAAAUCAGUAAUUUAGCCCAUUAUGAUCACGAAAUAGUUGAUUCUCUAAGGCUGGAACUAGCUGCUGUAACAGCAGAAAGAAACAAGUUAGAGGAUAUGCUGGAGAAAUACAAAAGAGAUUACAAUUUAGAUGUUGUAAAUGCCCUACUGGUUGAUAAGAAUGAAGAUAUCGAUCAGUUACAACGUACUGUUAGCAUGUUGCAGGGUCAGAAAGAAGAUGAGGAUCAACAUGGAUCUUGUAAUUCUAAAGGCUACCGUGUUAGUUUUGCCGCUGAUAUUGAAAAUUCGAGUUCUCUCCCUGAGGACAUGCGACUCAGAGAUGCUCCGAAUAUGCAAAGUCUAGAUCUGCAUCCUGACAGUAAUUUUCAAGUCUUUGGUGGUCCCAUAAGUCCCAUCCCACAUGAAAAUGAAGAGAAAAAAUUUAAUGCAUCUUUAAAAAGUUUUAAUUUAUCUGAUGACAGCAUUUUAGAGGAGACAGAUAAUGAGGACGUGGAAGAAUUACUUGAAGAAUUGAGAUCUGAGGUUAAGGAAAAAAGUGAUAGAAUUCUUUCACUAGAAAAAGAAAUAGAGUACCUAAAAUCGAUUGAGGAAGAUUUAAUAAACACCAAAUCGGAACUUGAGACAGUGGUUUCUUCUGUUACCGAAGAUAAGAAAUAUUAUGAAAAUGAACUUCAUUUCAUGUCAGAAAGGCUAUCUAAGAAAGAGGAAGAAGUAAAGAAACUGAGGAGUACUGUGAAAAUUAAAGACGAAGAGAUAUACAAGACUACUGCAGAUGUUCAAUCCCUACGUGAAAUUUCACUCAAUUUACAAGAGAAGUUGAAAGAAGCUAAAGAACUAGCAGAAAAAGAAAAUAAUCAAAUAUUAAAAGAAGAUAUAGCUCAUUUGAACGAAGAGCUUCUCUCAAAAGAGAAAGAAAUCUCAGAACUUGAACAUGAACUGCAACUUUUUAAGAAUGAUUGCAACGAUGAAAAAGAACUUUGUGAAACUUUAAGGUCCUCUCUAAACGCUGUUACAGCUGAAAAACAGUAUCUUGAAGAUAACAUCUCUUCACUCAAACAAGAAAACCGUGAAGUUUCUAAAAAUCUACAAUUAGCUGAUGAUCGUUUAAAUCAAUAUAUCAUUGCAGUUAGAAACCUGAAGAAUGAUUUAUCUUCAAGAAGAAACGUGCCAGAAAAUAAUUUCAGUUCUUCUAGUCAUAAUGCAGAUUUCAUUGAAAAUGAAAUUUCAACAUUACAGGAGGAAAUAGUGAAAUUGAUUAAUUCAAAUGAAAAUUUGCUACUUGAACGUAAUAAUAUUUUAGAGGAAAUUAACAAACUGAAGUCGACCAUUAGCAGUGAGGAUUAUGCUACCAAAGAUUCUCUUAUUGGCCACUUGCAAGAUGAAUUAAAUGAUCUUAAAAAUGCUGUUCAUUCUAUAAAGGAAGAAAAGUUAGAAGUGUUUGCUAAUUUCUCAAAAGAAAUUUGCCAAUUGCAUAAGGAAAUAGAGAACUUACAAUAUUCUAAACAAGAAGUGUUGCAAAAAUGGAAACAAGAGCUUUCAGAAAAACAGACCAUGCAGAAGCAGUUUGAAUCCCUCAAAUUAGAAUUAGAGAUGGAGAAAAAUCAAAAUGGGCAGGAACAACUUUUGAGAUUAUCCAAGAGACAAAAGUUGGCAAUUUGUAGCACUGACAUUUUUGAAAUCCCUCCUGUAUCUAAUCUUCAUGGAUCAAAAAUACAGCAAUUAACCUUUUGUAGAUCAGGAGUCGUAGAUAUCCAACCAGUUUCUGAUUUCCCAGGUAUUGAUGCUCUUGCUGAAAAAAUGAGGAAAGAAAUAAAGUUGUCAGCUACACUCGAUAACUCACUACUUGAAUCAAUCCUCCCUGAAAGUUCUGAAGAAAGUUCAGGGGCAUGUGGUAACGUAAAUGGUCAGUAUGUAACUAUCGCAAGCAAGUUAAGAACACUUGAAAAAGCUCUUCUUUUGGAAAUGGAGAAAGCUAGAGAGGCAAGAAAGGUAUUAAGAGAAAAAGAGAAAAAAUACAGAAUUUCCGAAGCCGAGAAAAAUGAAUUGAAACUUAGAAUUGAGAAGUUAGGAAGAAUGCUUGCAGCCCAUGAGGAAAAAAUUGGGACGUUAUCAAACCAGCUCAAAACUGAAAAAGACAAAGUUAUCACUCUUGAACUAAUGGUUUCCAAAGAGAAAGGAACCUUGAAAAAAUUGAACACCUUACUCGAAGAAGAAAGAAAUAAAGCUAGGGAAUCUCAAAAGGAUGACAUUGCGCUAAUUGAAACGAUGAGAAAAAGGCUUCAAAAUUUGAUGGAAAAUGAGACGUUAUUGAAAAAGAUGGUUCGAGAUGCAAGGCAAAAGUGUAACAGCCUUGAAGCCCAACUGAACUCAAUCCGUGCCAUGGAGCAGUAUCGUUCCGAUUCAGAAGAUGAAAAUCACAAAGAACUUAAGAAAAUUUUAUUACAAGAGAGAGAUAAAUUUUUAAAAAUGAAAGUGGAAUAUGAAAAAGAGCAAAGGACGUGUCAAGAUAUGAGGGAAGUACUAGCAAGGGAACGAACUGCAAUAUGUUAUCUGCGGGAUAGUUUAGCAAAAAGUGAAAAACAUAAAUUUCAAUUGGAAAAGGAGAAUACAGCCCUAAAACAAAAAUUGAAUGAGGAAAUUGUGAAAAGAGAAUAUGCUGAUAGGGGAGUCAUAGAUAGAAAAGGGGCCGAAGAUUCAAGAUUACAGAAACACCUCCAAGCCAUUGAACAAAAAAAUAAAGAAUCAUUAGAAGCUGCCUAUGCUGUCAUUAGAGAACUCGAACAAGAGUAUAAUGAUCUCAAAAUUUAUAUUCGCUCGCAGCAAGAACAAGACGAAAAGUGGAAAGACCAAGUCCAUUUACCCUUAAUUCAACAGCUAAAUGAGGUAAAUGAUAAUCUUGAUGCAUUAAUAAAGGAGCGUAUUGAAUUGAAGAAGACGGUCGAAAGGCUCAAUGAAGAAAAUAAUAGGCUGCAUAGUUUGAUUGACGAUCUGAGAAGGACAAACAUUCCGACAGAAAGAUUGACUAUACCAUCUAAUGAAUUACAAGUUCCAAACCUCAGACUUCAACCAGAAUCUGAUGUUUUCACACCACUCAUAGAAAAGGAAGUUGAUGACUUGCUUGAUAGGGUUCUUCGAGCUGAAAGUCAUAAGAAGGCACUGAUAUUCCAGAAAAGAUAUUUAAUGGUUGCCCUCCGUGGAUAUCAAGAUGCUCAUGCAGAAACCCUUAAUAGACUUCGAUGGCAUGCUCAUAAUCGACGAAGCUCUCGUAAAUUUUCAUUUAGGUCUGCAGUUCUUUUUGUGAUUGCUGCAAUUAAAAUAAGAAAGUUACCAAUGAAAAGAAUGGGUACUUACCAUAAAAAAAGAGAUACUCUUCAUAAUACCAUGAAAAGAUCACUGUCCAGAUCAAGUGCUGAAGUGGAAAGACUGACGUCUGCUCCUCCAAGCAGAAGAAUUGCUCCACAUUCUCCACCGAGUAGAGAUAGAGCGAAUCUGCGAUUCAGAUGAUAUUUGUUUCCUAGAAAUUGUUUCUAAGUCAUUUUUGUGUCCUUAGUCUAACAAGGCACAGAUAUUUUAUCGACUAAUGCCUUCUGAGAAGGUUGCACCUCCUUGUAGUAUUUAUUUAUUAUUAGAAUGUUCAUUUGUUUGUACAUAAUUGUGUAAAGAAUGUUCAUGUGUUUGUAUAUAACUGUUUUGUACAUUGAUUCUAAUGAAGAGUUUGUUUUAAAAUGUCUAAUGUUGUUUUAAUAGUGUUUUUUAUAACAUUUUUUAUUUAAAUUAUAGAGUUUUAUAAUUUUAUUUUUGUUUCAUUCCUGUUUACCUUUUUUAUGUAUAUAUAUUUAAUAGAGAUUGGAAUUAGGUAGCAUAUUUAAAAAAAAAUACAUAUAUAUGAAAUAAUAUUUACUUAAACAUUACUCAUACAUAAAAAGAGAUUACCCAUCUUAAUAAAUGCUAACAAUUAUUUAUUAUGAAAAGUAUUCCCACUUAUAUAGUUUUAUACAUAGAAUACAAAUAAAUAUUUUACAUAAAUAAGUAUGAUUAAAUUAUUUUUAAACUAUUAUGUAAGCUUUGUGUACAUGUCCUCCAGUUGUGGUUUGAAGUAUGCCUUCAGCUGUGGUCUUUUCGUCUUCAUUGUUGGUGUUAAUAAACCAUUCUGUACUGAGAAUGGGUCAGGAUGUAGAUAUAUGUCCUUUACCUGUAAAUA